GUGACCUCAGUUUCUGGGAACAAAGCAUCUCUGUACAAGUAUGUGUUUCCUCCUGAGUUGGAAUGCCCCACUCUGGCUAUCAUUGGUCUUGUGCAGCCACUGGGAGCCAUUAUGCCCAUAUCUGAGAUGCAGGCCAGAUGGGCCACACGUGUCUUUAAAGGCUGCACCAAGCUUCCCCCAGUGGCUUCCAUGCUGAAAGAUGUCCAGUGCAAGCAGGAAACAAUGGCUAAAAGGUAUGUCCCCAGUCAGAGACACACUAUCCAGGUCGACUAUCUCAACUACAUGGAUGAGAUCGCAGGACGGUUGGGGGUUCGACCCAACAUCCCCAGGCUGCUGCUGACUGAUCCCAGGCUGGGAUUGAAGGUGCUGUUCGGACCUGGUACUCCGUACCAGUAUCGUCUCAAAGGGCCAGGGAAAUGGGCUGGAGCCCGUCAGGCCAUCUUCACUCAGUGGGAGAGGGUGGCUCAACCCAUGCAGACCAGGCCCUGUGAUGAUCCCCAAACCAAGAGAUCUUUCAUAUGGCCUCUGAUUAUGUCUGCUGCUGUGGUGGGCUGGGCUGCCUACGUCAACAGGAACAACCUUCCAACUGCUCUGUUGGACAACAUAAUAGUUUACCUGCCUGCACAGGAUUGA